AUGACAACAUUGGAAAUGAGCAAUCAAUCAUUUGUCACUGAAUUCAUCUUCUUGGGAUUUUCCAACCACUCCAACCUACAGGGCUGUUUCUUCCUGCUUUUUCUGGUCAUUUACCUGACCACUCUUCUGGGGAACAUGCUCUUAAUAGUGACCACCAGGGUCAGUCCUGCUCUCCACACUCCAAUGUACUUUUUCCUCAGCAAUUUGAGCUUCUUGGACAUCUGCUUCACAUUCACCACCCUCCCAGUACUGCUGGUAAACUUCUUCUGGGAGAAGAAGGCCAUUUCUUAUGAGGGCUGCCUUUCUCAGAUCUUCUUCUUGGUGACAAGUGCUGGCACAGAAGGCGUGUUACGGGCUGUGUGGCAGUAUGACUGCUGUGUGGCCACCUGCCCUCCUCCUAAGUACCCAGUCAUCAAGAGUGUGAAGGUCUUUGUUGGCCUGGUGACUGGGUCCUGGCUGUGUGGGCUGGUGAAUUUGGUUACACACACGGUGCUAGCCAUCGCACUCACUCUGUGUGGGCCCCACAAGAUCAGCCACAUUUUCUGUGACACCCCAUUGCUCCUGAAGCUCUCUUGCACAGACACCUCUGUCAACGAGUCUGCGCUCCACGUUGUCAGUUCCACCAUGGGCCUGAGCCCCUGCCUUUUCACUACAGGCUCCUACACACUCAUCAUGGCGGCCAUCCUGGGGAUUCCCUUUGCCCAGGGCAGGAGGAAGGCCUUCUCAACCUGUGCGUCCUCCCUAACUGUCGUGGUGGUCUUCUAUGGAACAGCCAACUUCCACUUUGACAGGCCCAGAGAAGGC